AGCCACCCUUUACGUUAUAUAUCCAAAAUGCCGGAAGCUGUAUCAAGGAAGAGAACUGUGGAUGCUGCCGUCGGCAAGCCUAGCCCUCCUGAAGUCAUCUAUGGGGACUCCAAGAUAGAGGUUGCUGGUCUAUCAGACCCCACUGAGGUCCCUCUCGCACGGACAUUCGAGGAGUCAGGUCUUCGGAAGUCCUUAAGGGCUUAUCUUAAGGACAAGUUCGCGACCCCAUCGGCCAUCCAAGCAGCGUGCUGGCCCCUCCUUCUCUCGGGUCUAGAUGUCAUUGGUGUUGCCGAGACGGGUAGCGGUAAGACCCUCGGCUUUGCGUUGCCUUUCAUGUCAAAGGCCAUGCAGAAGGGCGAUGAUAGCAUGAUGAUGGUACUCUCCCCUACUAGGGAGCUCGCCAGGCAAAUCCAUGAGGUCAUCGUGGAUGUUGAUAAGAAGAAGCAGAAGCUUCCUUCGAUCUGCCUUUAUGGUGGUACGCCUAAAUGGGAGCAGCAGAAACAGUUGAAGGCUGAGCACCCUAGGAUCGUUGUUGGUACUCCCGGGCGAGUCUUGGAUCUCCUCCAGGACGGCUCUUUGGACUUAUACAAGGUCAACUAUGCUGUUCUUGAUGAGGCUGAUAGAAUGCUGGACAUGGGCUUCCUACCUAGUGUCACGGAUAUCUUUGGGUAUCUCCCAUCGCCCGAUAAGAGGCAGUCUCUUAUGUUCUCAGCUACUUGGAAUAAGGAGGUACGGAGGCUGUCGAGGAAGCUGAUGAAGCGCGAGCGGAUAACAGUGACGGUGAUGGGAAGUAACGAGACGAAGGGCAAUGAGGAUGAGCUCACAGCCAAUACACGAAUCACUCAAACUAUCGAUAUCGUACAGGACAGGAAGCCUAAGAUGAAUCGUCUGUGGUAUCAUCUUGGCAACCUUUGCCCUAACAAGGGAGUUUGGAAAGUGAUCGUGUUUGCCUUGUACAAGAAGGAGGCAGCGCAUCUGGAGAGGACCCUUCGGGACUAUUACGAUGUUGUUGGCCUCCAUGGUGACAUGACGCAGAUGGCCCGUGAGGCUUCUAUCAAGAGGUUUACGGAGGGUCAAAACCUCAUCCUGGUCGCCACUGAUGUCGCGGCUAGAGGGCUCGAUGUUAAGGACGUUACGGGAGUCAUCAAUUAUACCUUCCCAUUGGUCAUUGAAGAUUAUGUUCAUAGAAUUGGUCGUACUGGCCGAGCUGGUCGUACUGGUAAUGCUGUGACUAUCUUUAACGCUGAUGAAGAGAAGCAGUUCGCCUUCGACCUUAAGGGCCUUCUAGAACGUUGUGGACAGCCGGUGUCUGAAGGGCUCGCUAAGUUGGCUAACCAAACUGGAGGGUUCAAGGCCAGCAAGAAGAAGGUGCAUCCUAUAUAUGGAGCGUUCUUCAAAGAUGAGGAGGAGAUGGCUAAGUUGGAAGCUAAGAAAACUCACGUUACUUUUUCCGAUGAUGAGGAUGACGAUUAGACCCCUUCUAGAGCCUUCACGAUGGUGGACCUCUACACUGAGACCAAUUCGUGAGCGACUCGUCGCCUCCCGACUGUUGUAUUAGUUUCUAGUUCCAUUAUUGCGUAUCUGUAGGGUGUUGUUGGUGCUGCCUCGUGGAGGCCUUGGGGAGUCGCCUCCUCAUGUAUCUAUAGGGAUGGGGUGGCUUUCGUUGGCUAACGUACUGAAAUCGGUGGAAAUUACUGUCCUACAGUUGUGACACUUUCCGAUCAUACGCCGGUUUCUUGUAGU